AUGGAGGCCGGUCCUUCUAUCACCGACAGACACAGAAUCCUGGAGGACUUUCUCUCCUGUGGAAUCUGUUUUGAGCCUUUUACAAAACCCAAGGCACUGCCAUGCCAGCACAGCUUCUGUCUGAGAUGCUUAGAGAGCCAACAUAAACAAUGGCUACAGGAUUGCAGAAGGACGUCACAUCGACAGCAACAACCAUUCAGGUGCUCAACAUGUCGCGAACCUGUGUCUGUGCCCUCUACCGGGGUAAAGGGACUUCCUGACAACCAUCUUGUCGCCAACCUGUGUGAGGAAUUCUCCAAGAAAGCUCAGGUAGGAGAACAAAAGGACACUUGCGGAUUCCACCCAACAGAAAGCGUGAUUCUGUUUUGCCAGCAGUGCGAGGUGCCAGUCUGUAGUGCGUGUAUCGGGCAGGCUCAUUCUGGGCACAGAGUCACAGGGAUAAAACAGGCAGCACGAAAGAUAAGAGCUAACAUCAGGUCACAGCUCAACAAUGGACGGCAGAAGAUGGAAACUUUUUCUGCAUUCCUCAAAAAGAUUCAAGAUGUACAACAAAGGCUGACAGGCAACACGACACAAACUCAACAAGAGAUAAACAAAGCCUUUGAAGUACAAGUACAGAAGUUGCAAGAACAGAGAGAUGGGCUCUUGUCUACUGUGGAAAAGAGUCAUCAUGAUAACAUGACAGCUUUGACAGGACAGAGGAACAUUGUGCUGACUCAGCUGACUGAACUGUCCAGGGUUUGUGAAGAUACAGAUAAGCUUGCGGAACAAGAAGAUACAGUCUCCCUCACGCAGGGCUUGAAGUUAGCACAGGAACUUGCAAAGUUCGAGAACACUCAAACUCCUGAAAUCUGUGAAAUCAAACAUUGUCACUUUGAACCGAAGAGAUCUUCUGCACUGAUAGAACUGGGUCAUAGGUCACCAUAUCCUUGGUAUCCAUUGAAUGUCACUGUGGACGGGGAGGGGAAUAUUCUGGUCACUGAUGGCAACAAUCUCUGUGUCCAUGUCUUGGAUAGCGAGGGGAACUUCAAGUUCAAGUUUGGGAGAGAAGGAUCUGAUGAGAGUCAGUUGAAAGGACCUUGGGGCAUUUGUGUUGAUGGGAUGGGAAACAUUAUUGUGGCUGACUAUGACAAGAAGCCUUACUCAGACUACAUGUAUCUGGAACGUAGACGAGCGCCUCCUGACAACGGCUGUGUGAAAAUGUUUGACAGUCGGGGCAGAUUUCUGUGUAAUAUUGUAAGCGGUAUGAAGACCCCCUGUGGUGUUGCUGUGUCACCAGGUGGAGAUGUGGUGGUGACUGAUAUUGUGGAUUGCAGUGUAUCAAUCUGGACACAGGCUUAG